AUGUCGGACCAAAAACCAGUUGAUUCUGUGCCCGAGCCUAAGCCCGUGGAGGCUGUAGAAGGCGAUAAGCCUGAGAUUCCCGUGACUGCGGCGGAAAACACCGAGGCUGCCAAGGAUGAACCCGCGAUCAGUGCCCCGGCCAAGCAAGAAGAACCUGCUAAAGACACUACUGCCAGCAAUGCAGAGCCCCAAGGUGCUAAGCUUGAAGAAAAGGCCGAGAAGCCUGCCUACCUGACCAAGACCCCGGCGCUCGGCCAGUUCUUCGAUCGUCUUCCGGCCAUCCUCACCAGCAUCGGACACGAUGAGAUGUGGGGGGUGCAGCUCAAGGACAGCGCUGACGUUCCUACUGUCAAUGUGCUAAUCAAGUUCCUGCGCGCCAAUGAGGGCAAUGUCCAGGCUGCCGAGGACCAGCUUCGCAAGGCACUCCAAUGGCGCAAGGACAUGAACCCGCUGGCAUUGAUCGAGUCGGGCAAGUACAGCGCAUCCAAAUACGCUGGUCUGGGAUACCUGACAACCUACGAAAAAGAUGGUCGGCCGCUUGUGUUUACUUGGAACAUCUAUGGAGCAGUUAAGGACGUUAAUGCGACAUUCGCAGACUCCGAUGAGUUUGUCAAAUGGCGCGCCGCUCUCAUGGAGCUCGCUGUGCAGGAAUUGAAGAUGAAGGAUGCCACCGAGGUCAUUGAGUAUGACGGCGAGGACCCAUACCAGAUGGUUCAGGUCCAUGAUUACCUGAAUGUCAAGUUCCUCCGUAUGGACCCCUCUGUGCGAACCGCAACCAAGAAAGUCAUUGAUGUCUUUGCCACUGCCUAUCCCGAACUCCUCAGCGAGAAGUUCUUCGUCAAUGUCCCUGCGAUCAUGGGCUGGAUGUUUACUGCCAUGAAGCUCAUCUUGAGCCGCAACACCACCCGCAAGUUCCACCCCAUCACCAACGGUGCCAACCUGGCGCGCGAGUUCCCCGCUUCGGUUGUGGAGCAAAUUCCCAAGACCUAUGGUGGCAAGGGCCCCGAGUUGAAGGACAGUGCUCGAAUUGUUCCCUUGGUUGAAGACAAAUCGGAGGACAAAAAAGACAAGCAGGAGGAUAAAAAGGCUGAGGAACCUGCUCCAGCUGAGAUCCCAGAGCAGGAAGGCCCCAAGCAGGCUACCUAG